UUGGAGGUAAAGGGAUCCCCUUUGGAACGUGUGAGUGUGUGUGUCGGCUGGCGUCUCUGUUCUGAGUGUCUGUUUUCGGUGAUGCGCGCUUUCGGUUUGCAGCUGUCCUCUCAGACCAUAAGGACUGGGGGACUGUGAUCAGCAGACGUGCUAGGAGGAUCACAGGCUGCCACCCUGGGGACGCCCCGGGAGGUGGGGAGAGCCAGGGACGCCUGGUGGUCUCCUUCUGUCGGUCAGAGGACCGAGUUCUGUUGUUGAAGCGAAAGCUUCCCCCUCCGCGGCCGUCCGACUCUUUUGCCUGCUUGUGGAAGACGCGGACGGGUCGCGUGUGUCUGGAUCUGUUGGUUUCUGUUUUGUGUGUCUUUGUCUUGUGCGUCCUUGUCUACAGUUUUAAUAUGGGACAGACGGUGACGACCCCUCUUAGUUUGACUCUCGACCAUUGGACUGAAGUUAAAUCCAGGGCUCAUAAUUUGUCAGUUCAGGUUAAGAAGGGACCUUGGCAGACUUUCUGUGUCUCUGAAUGGCCGACAUUCGAUGUUGGAUGGCCAUCAGAGGGGACCUUUAAUUCUGAGAUUAUCCUGGCUGUUAAAGCAAUUAUUUUUCAGACUGGACCCGGCUCUCAUCCCGAUCAGGAGCCCUAUAUCCUUACGUGGCAAGAUUUGGCAGAGGAUCCUCCGCCAUGGGUUAAACCUUGGCUGAAUAAGCCAAGAAAGCCAGGUCCCCGAAUUCUGGCUCUUGGAGAGAAAAACAAACACUCGGCUAAAAAAGUCAAGCCCUCUCCUCAUAUCUACCCCGAGAUUGAGGAGCCGCCGGCUUGGCCGGAACCCCAAUCUGUUCCCCCACCCCCUUAUCCGGCACAGGGUGCUGCGAGGGGACCCUCUGCCCUCCUGGAGCUCCGGCGGUGGAGGGACCUGCUGCAGGGACUCGGAGCCGGAGGGGCGCCACCCCGGAGCGGACAGACGAGAUCGCGACAUUACCGCUGCGCACGUAGGGAGAGCUUGAAAAUCUAUCGCCAGGCUCUGGUGGCGGGUCUCCGGGGCGCCUCAAGACGGCCCACUAACUUGGCUAAGGACAGUCAGCCCUGGAUAUCAGAAAGAAGCUUCAGAGACUGGAAGGGUUACAGGAGGCUGAGUUACGUGAUCUAG